UCCAUCACCACGCUGAAAUAUCACAUCUCGCAUGUUCUUAAUCUUCCUCUGUUCGGAACGUUCUGAAUUUUUGAACACUUGCAGGUAGGGUCUGAAGUCUGAACACUUUCAGAUGUCUUCAUAUUUCAGGCGUCAGGAGGUUGAGCCUGACGCACCGCCUCCCGUUCCCCCCGCCUCACCGCCUCCAGUCGCCCAGGGUCUCCGCCGCCGACGCCCUCGCAUCCUUGCUCCCCCGUCCCACCACCCGGCACCGACGCCGCCCCCGUCGACACUUCGCGGCUUCUUCACCGCUCGCCGACGAAGCAGCGCCUCGUAGUCACGCGUCCCCGCAUCUGAGGGGCGCUCCCUCUUUCGCCGAAUCGCGGUCGGUUCCGCCAUGGCGGCGAUGGGGCAGGAGGGGGACGACGUCGACCACUACGAGGUGCUCCGCCUGCCGUCCGGCGAGGAGGGCGCGGCGCUGAGCGUCGAGCAGAUCGAGAAGGCCUACCGGACGCAGUCGCGGCUCCGGCACCCCGACAAGCGCCCCGACGACCCCAACGCCACCGCCGACUUCCAGAGCCUCGCCAGCUCGUACAAGUUUCUCCGGGAUGAGUCCCUCCGCCGUCAGUUCGAUGCCCGCCUCCGUGGCCGCCGCGAGGCCGCCGCCCGCGCCGCUGCCACCGGGGUCAAGCGGCGGAAGGCCGUGUCCGACCUAGAGGAGCGCGAGCGCGCCUUCGCCGCCGGAGGAGGCCCCGCCGUCGACCCCGCCGAGCUGGCCAGGCGAGAGGACAAGCGGAAGGCUGCCGACGUCAAGCGCGAACUCGAUGAGUUCUUCGCUGCCAAGAAGUCCGGCGUCUCUGGCUCUGCUUCGACUCCGCCACAUGGAGAUAAGAAGGGUGGAACUCCAGAGAAUGGACCAAAAACGGACAAGGGUAAGAUCUUGAAGGUUUCUUGGGAAGGGGGUGCAGAUUACUACACUGCAGCAAAGCUGGAUGAGAUCUUUAAGCAAUUCGGCAUGGUUGAAGAUAUUGUGAUCAAGACUAGUAAAUCAAAGAGAAAGGGUUCAGCAAUUGUUGUCAUGGCUUCCAAGGAGGCGGCACAAACUGCACUGAAGAACCAUUCUGUGUACAAUGUUUUCCCUGUCCCAUUAUUUGUUGCUUCUGUUCAAGAAUCGGGAGGGUUACCAGCAAGGUCAACUCAAACACCUGAACCGAGGACAAGCAACAUUGAUGGAACUGGGUUCAGCGAUUUGGAAGCAUCAGUAUUCCAAAAACUUCAAGAGGCCCAGAAAAGGAAGAAAUGUGGAUAGUUGAUGCUCCUCGAGACGUGGGGCAGUGCAAGUUACAGAGGACAUUUCGCUUGACUACAGCUGAGUUGAGUAUCAUCAGGGCAAUCCAGAGUAUAUCAUCAGGGCAACCCAGAGCAAUCUUGUAAUGUCGACUUUCUGGCGGUAUUUUGCAUCUUAGAUACAGUUAGUAGAACCAUUUUUUUUCCUAGGAGAGGUGAAAGGAAACGAAACCAUCCCAUAUGGAUACUUGUGCUUCCCAUCACAUACUUGUCUUGGCGCCAGAAGCUAUUUUCGUAGCCCACACUGAAAGCAAACAAUUACUACUACUACUAAAUUACUGUCGGUCUUGGGUUAGAUAGAUAUGCUGAUGGAAGACAAGUGCAUAAUAAUUUGUAUACAUGAUUGUUGUACUGUUAAUCUUAACCAUUUACGCAGUA